CUGAUAAUAAAGUUUCAAUUUAUAUAGCACAGAAAAUUUGGUCUUGAAAUUAAAAAUAUACUGGGAGGUUAUAUUAUGUUAUAAUUCCUUAAAUUCAAGUUACAAUUUAUCCUGAAUUUCUUCUAGAAUGGCUGCAUCUGAAUUAGCGAGAAAAGGCCCCAAGCUAGUUAAACCUAUUCUAUCAAUUGAUCAUGGUGAAGCUAGAAGAAGGGUUUUGAAUUUGUAUAAAACUUGGUAUAGACAAAUACCAUAUAUUGUUUUGGAUUUUGACAUUCCUAAGAAUAUUGAACAAUGCAGAGCUAAACUUCGAGAAGAAUUCAGAAAAAAUGCUCAUGUUAAAGAUGUCAGGGUAAUUGAUAUGCUUGUGAUCAAGGGUCAGAUGGAGUUAAAAGAAACAGUUCAUGGAUGGAAGACAAAAGGACAUGUAAUGACAUUUUUUAAGGAUACUCAAGAACCAAAACCUGAAGGUUUCUUAGCCAAGUUUAUUUCUGGAACAAAUUGAAGCAUAUCAAUUUGUUUGUAGGAACUCUUUAUUUAUGUAAAUAAUAGUUUUUUUUCUGGAUUUUUGUUUUUCUUUUAAAUUAUAUAAAUAGGUUUUUGUUUUCUA